AUGAGGGUCUCACAACUCCCCUCUAUUCUUCCCUUGGUCCUCACCACGCUCACCGGUAGCCUCGUGCUCGCACAAGAACGCUGCGACGCACCCUCGCCAGGCAUCUACUGUAAUUCGACGGAGAUUCUCGCUUACCACUCGGACGACUGUAAACCUUUCCACAUCUUCAUCUCCCGCGGCUCCGAUGAACCAUACCCAGGCCGCCUAGGCAACCUCACGUCGGAGAUUUGCGCAGCGAUUGGAGGGUCAGAAGAAUGCGGUUACGAGGAUGUCGAGUACCCAGCGAAGAGCACGGCGUGGGGCCAAGGCGUGUGGUGUGAUUCUGCAGGCAAGGGUGCGAAGAGCGGACAGGCGCAGAUGAAGGCGUACAGCGAAAAAUGCCCUGACAGCAAGUUGAUUGUGUUGGGUUACUCACAGGGAGGAUCAGUAGCACAGGACAUGCUCGGUGGAGGAGGAGGUUCUGUCUUCGCAUGUGAGCAAGACAUGAAUCCGGCUCUAGACGCAACAUCUGCUCCUGGCUCAAAUGUCGUCGCAGCCGUAACCUUUGGCGCCGUCGUACGCUCUCGUGACCAAAACUUCACCGUCGGCCGUGGCGUGGACUACGAUGGAACCAGUGCGCGCAGCCCCGAACACCUCGAAGGCCUAAAUGCCUACGCCGACGUUCUACUCGACUACUGCCACUACGGCGACCCAAUCUGCGCCGUCGGCUCCGAGCCACAGGACGUCAACGAGCACCUGAACUAUUUCAUGCAACACAAUCCGGAAGUGAUCAAGUGGGUAGCUGGCAUGGCCAAGGCAAGUGGUGAUGUGAGUGAGAAACCCAGCAAGCCCGUUAUCAGCGCUUCCUCCUCUUCGACAAGUGUGCCUGCGAGACCUCAAGCCACGCCAUCCGGAUCCGCUACCCCUUCACCUAUUGCGACGCCAACUGACGACGCGGUGAAGAGUGCGCAGACGAGCGCUACUGGUGCUGCCAGCUCGGUGACUGCUACCCUUGGGUACAUGACUGCACUGGCUCUGACCGUGGCUAUCUUCUUGUAG